CACACACUCUCUCUCGCAACCUGGCUAGACGCAGCCACCAUCAGCCUUACUCGCCAUCCAUGGCCUGCAGGAGCUUGUUUUGCGAGCCAAGAGGAUAGCCGGUGGAUCUUCCCGGCACUCGGCCGUUGUCUAUCAAUCAAACAAUAUUAAUUGUUGAUGGAAUCGCCAUGACGUCGAGGGCCAGGGACCGUUUCGUCAUUCCAGCCAGCAUCAUUGCUUAUAAUCAACCAAACCACGUAACAUAGGAAUCUCAUGCUAAUCAGAUUUUGAUUCGAUCGGCCAUAGUGAAAAUAGUCUGACCACCACCACCACCACUUCCUCCCCCUCCGCGAUACGUCAUUGCCAGCCAGUCAGUCAUCCAAGAUCCACCUUGACGAUGGCUAUGCCCGAAUGGAGGGCCGCCGCCGAAUCCACUUGGGGCCCCCCUAUUAAUACUCUUAAUCUCGCCGUUGCCUUCGCCUCGCUGACGCUGACUUCGUUUGUCUUCUGGUAUUCCCGCCAGCCGCUGAGUCCCAAUCGCGUCCGCUACGCCAUGCUGUCCGACACCGUCUACGAGCUCUGUCACGACGACAAGACCGUCACCUCCGAGCUGCUGCGCGAUCCCUCGCAGUCCCCUCCCAAGGUCUUCCAGCACCUGUACCAUGAUCGCAAAGCGACGAAACACGCAGAAACCAAAGAGGAGGACGCUCACGAGCUACAAAGAGUGAUCGAGUGUGGCAAGUGGGGAGAUUCGCAACCGAGCGAAUUGUUCCUGAAGAUCUACCACGAUGCGUUGUGCGCGCUGGAAAAGAACCCGAUGACGGGAGUCGUGUCGCCGCCGCUGAUGGGCAGCACGGGCGUCGUGCCCUUGACCAUCAUCGCGCCUCUGCCCGAUCUCUGCCGCCACAUGGCCAACUGCAUCGUGCGCGCCGAAAAAGAAGUCUUCCUGGCCACCAACUUCUGGAUCCACUCCGACGCUUCGACCCUCGUCACCAACGCCUUCCGCGAGCUGUCGCGUCGCGCCGGCGAGCGCGGCACCAAGGUCAUCGUCAAGAUGGUCUACGACCGCGGCGACCCCCAGCAGGUCUUUGAGAACCACCUCCCCGUCCCCGAGAAGAAGUACACCAACGACAAGGUCCACCUGCCCUCCCACGAGGAGAUCCCGAACAUCGACCUGCAGGUCGUCAACUACCACCGCCCCAUCUUCGGCACCUUCCACUCCAAGUUCAUGGUCAUCGACCGCCGCAUCGGCCUGCUGCAGAGCAGCAACGUCCAGGACAACGACAACCUGGAGAUGAUGCAGCACGUCGAGGGCCCCAUCGUCGACGGCCUGUACGACACGGCCCUGAUCUCGUGGGGCCGCCCGCUGGAGCCCCCGCUGCCCAUGCUCUCAUCCCCGGCCACCGGCGCCCCCAUCCCCUGCCACACCUCCCAGCAGCCCGACUACGACGCCCCGGACCCGGAGCCCCUGCCCGAGCUGACCGUCCAGGACGAGCACUACGACCCGGACAUUCGACGAGAGGCCCAGCGCAUGAACGGCCUGCUGCAGCCUCGCGAGGGAGAGAGACGGAUUGACGCUGUGACGCGUCGACUGAACACGACCAUCCAAACAGAUCACACGGCCGACGCCCCGGAAAGCACACAAGAACUCCUCAUGGAGCCCUACCUGGUCCUUCCCCCACACGACCCCUUCCCCAUGGCGGUCGUCAACCGCGAACCCUGGGGCGCCCCCAACCACUCCUCCGUCCACACGCCGCAAAACAGCAGCUUCCUCGCGGCGAUCAACAACGCCCAGCGCACCAUCUUCAUCCAGACCCCCAACAUGAACGCCGAACCCAUCAUCCUCGCCCUUAUCGACGCCGUCCGGAACCGCGGCGUUACUGUGACUGCCUACCUGUGUCUGGGCUACAACGACGCGGGCGAGCUGCUGCCCUUCCAGAACGGGACCAACGAAAUGGUCGCCCACCGCAUGUACAAGGCGAUGGAGACGGACGAGCAGCGCUCUCGCCUCCGGAUCCACAAUUACGUCGCGAAGGACCAGACACACCCCAUUCAUAACAAAUUCAAGCGCAGAAGCUGUCAUAUCAAGUUGAUGAUUAUUGAUGAGGCGGUUGCUAUUCAAGGAAACGGCAACCUCGACACCCAAUCCUUCUACCACAGCCAAGAAGUCAACUUCCUCCUCGAUUCGCCGCUGAUCUGCCGCGCCUGGCGCGACGCCAUCGACCGCAACCAAAACACGGCGAUCUACGGCGCCGUCAGCCCCGAAGACGGCUGCUGGCAUGAUCCCGAGACCAACGAGCUUCCGCCCGGCUCCAUCGGCGUGGACCCGGGUCAUUUCAGUUGGGCGAAGGGCGCCGUGGGCGCGGUGCAGAGGGUGAGGGGCGCCGGUGGGUUUUAGAUCAACCGUUAGAAGAAGGGGAACAAAUAAAGGAAAGAAAGAAAGAAAGAAAAGAGGAUGGAUGGAGGAUGGGAGGGAAAUCUCAGUAUUGCAUAUAUCUUGCGAAGGGCCAUUAUUUGAUUUGCGCUCGGGCUCGGGCUUGGGCUUGGGCUUGUGGGUUUGUUGAUAUGAUAUGAUAUGAUAGCGUGCUUUUUGAGAUGAG